AUGACCAUUCUUCAAGUCAAGGAGGAGCAGGCUGAACCCAUUUUCCAAAGACCUUCUCGUUCGAAAGGAGGCUUUGUUCCAAUCAAGUCAACUGUAAGCUCUUACGAGCCUAAGAAUGAUGUAAUGAGAAAAGCACAGGAGAUUGUAUCUAAUCUACCUGCAAACUCUCCUUCAUUGAUAAAGGUCAUGCACCCUUCACAUGUUACUAGAGGAGCUUCAGUGCGUCUCUUGGCAGAGUUUUGCCACAAGCAUUUACCUGAGGAGGACUCAAUGAUCGAGUUGGAGGAUGAAAAUGGUGAAGUUCACGCGACAAAGUAUCUAGCCUAUAAGAACACUUUCAGCGCUGGAUGGGCAGCUUUUGCGGGCAAGCAUGAUUUAGUUGAAGGAGAUGUUCUGGUGUUCCAGUUACUUAAGCCAACCAAGUUCAAGGUCUAUAUUGUGAGGACAAGUAGGUCAGAGAGAGUAGAUGGUGCUCUUGAUAUGGAAAAGAAACCUGUUCAUGCCAAGAAUCUGAGCACAAGUGGCAAAGCAACUUUCAAGACUGUCCACAAUUCUGAUCUUUCCUUUGAUGAUAACUACGUACCCGAUGAGUCGGAGAAUGGAAGUGAUGAAGAUUUUGGAUUCGAUAUCCCCGACGGUAUUAGGAUGUCAUCAGAAUCCACUAUUGAUUUCCGACAAGUGAAGAGCUUUGCUGACUUUGACAUUAUAGUGAAUGGCUUGGUGAUCAAUAGUGAGCUCUCUAAGCAGCUCCAGCACAAGUACUAUGAACUAUGCAGCAGCCAGAAGUUGUUCCUCCAUGAACAAAUCCUCAAUGGUCUCAACUGUAAGCUGAUUGCCGGGGUAAUCUCCCAGACCAUAAAUAUAGCUGAUGCCAUAAGGGCUUCAGAACUUGGUGCCCCACAGAAGGAAGAGUUUGUGACUUGGGAGAGCACUUUGUCGGCAUUUGAGAAGCUUGGGAUGAAUGUGGAGUUCAUACUAACCAGGUUGAGGCAGCUCAUGGGGCUUUGUGGCAAUGUCAAUAGGUUGAAGAGAUUGAAGACUGAGAGAGCUGAAGUGGGAGAGGAGGUGAAGGCUCUGGAGGUGCAGCUCGAGAAGUGGGUGAGAAGAACGAAAAGGAUUGAUGAAGAGAUCGAAAGGUUGGAGGUAGAUGAUGUUCAGGAAGCAGAUAUAGUCGCAAUCAAGUCUCCUGUAAAGUCAGUCAAGAAUCAGAAAGAUAUCUUCAGUUCUAUGGGGAAGAGGGCCUCCAUGGAGAAUCUGUAUGCAAGUGGCGAGGUAGACAAUGCUGCAAUGAGAAAAGCACAUGAGUUUGCUUCUAGUUUACCUGGAAACUUUCCUACCUUGAUGAAGCUUAUGCACCCUUCACAUAUUGGGUUUUCCUUGCAUCUUGUGGCAGGGUUCUGCUACAAGCAUUUGCCUGACAAGGACAAGGUGAUCGACCUAGAAGAUGACAAUGGCAAAGUUUAUCCCGCCCAAUUCUUAGCUAGUAAGCAUUGUCUUAGCGGCGGAUGGAGAGCUUUCUCCAUCCAUCACAAGUUAGCCCAAGGCGAUGUUGUGGUUUUUCAGUUACUUGAACCGACCAAGUUCAAGGUCUACGUAGUGAGAGCAAGUGCCUCAGAGCAAGCGAGUAGAAGAUCCAAGAGAAAGGUCGAGACAAGUGCCAAAGAAGCCGAGAAGACCAGCAUCACCAACUGCAAAAUUAUAGUACAUAAAGACGAGCCCAAGAAUGGAAGCAAGGAAGAUUUCGGUUUUGAUAUCUCAGAUGGGAUAAUUAUGUCAUCAGAUCAACCAGCUGUUGAUUUCCAGCAAGUGAAGAACUUUGAUGACUUUGACAUUGUGGUUAACGGCCUGAUCAUCAACUGUGAACUCUCCAAACAGCUUCAGUACAAGUACUACGAACUAUGCAGCAGCCAGAAGUCUUUCCUGCACCAACAUAUUCCCAAUGGGCUUAACUGUAAGCUGAUAGCCGGAAUAAUCGCUGAGACCACUAACAUUGCUGAUGCAGUAAGGACUGCAAAGUUCGGUACUCGACAGAAGGAAGAGUUUGCAACUUGGGAAAACACAUUGUCAGGAUUCGAGAAGCUGGGAAUGAAUGUGGAGUUCAUACUCACCAGGUUGAGGCAGCUCAUAGGGCUUUCUGACCAUGCCAAUAGGUGCAAGAAAUUGAAGACUGAGAGAGUUGAAGUGGGAGAGGAGGUGAAGGCUUUGAAGGCGAAACUAGAGAAAUCGGUGGGUAGAAUGAAGAGGAUUGAUGAAGAGAUAGAGAGAUUGGAAAAUGAGGAGGAUGUUGAGGUGAGGUUCACAAAAUUGGCUGAAGCUUCAUGGUCAAUGUAA